AUGGCUUCCCCUAGUGAAAUUUCACGUUCUCAGGACGCUGGAGGCUCCACCGGAAGCUCCACCGGGUUUACCGGGUUCCUUACGGACCCCGCGGAGUUUGACAAAGACCCGCGCAUCUCUUGGUCACGACUUGACAACUGCUGGAUCUUGGAAAGAGAGGACGGCGAGGAGUUCAGAUUCGACACUGGUCUCAAGAGAUGGAUUCUUGAGGUUGACCCAGAGUUGAUUCGUCAGCAGCAGUCCGCAUACAUUCCCGAAGGUGUCGACGCAGAUGAUUAUGAAGAGCUUCACCCACGUGAGCGUCGUGCGCGUGCGCGCGCUUUGCAGCAGGCCCAUGCCAAGAAGCAGAAGAAGGAUCGUGUCAACACCGCCGUGUGGGUGACCCAAAUCCCGCUCGAUGCCGAUAGGGACGAGAUCUACCGUGUGUUUUCGAAGUGUGGAGUGAUCGCGGAAGAGAUCGACAGUGGUGAUCAUAAGAUCAAAAUGUACAAGGAUGAAGAUGGCAAUUUUAAUGGGGAGGCGUUGGUUGUUUUUUUCCGACCGGAGUCAAUCAAUCUCGCAAUCAGUUUGCUUGACGAGACGGAGUUCCGUUUCGGUGAAACUACCCCUGGUGGCCCCAUGCGGGUCAAGGAAUCAGACCCCUCGUACCUAUUGAAGAGGAAGGAGGGAGCGGAGAAGCGCAAGGUGAAUGCGAAUGACCAGAAGAAGAUCAUCGAGCGCACCCAGCGAUUGAACAGCAAACUCGCGGACUGGAGCGAUGAUGAUGCCCAGCCUCUCAAGAGGAAGGCUACCCGAGCUGAGCAUGUGUUGAUCUUAGAGCACAUGUUCACCUUGAAGCUCAUCGAGGAGGAUCCCGCCGAGAUCAUCGAGCUCAAAGAGGAAGUGCGUGAGGAGUGCGAGAAAUUCGGCGAAGUCACCAGGGUGGUCCUUUACGACGAGGAGCCCACUGGCAUCAUCACUGUCCGUUUCAAGGAUGCGCGAGACGCAGCCAGAUGUCGAGAGCGUAUGGAUGGGCGCCACUUCGGAGGUGCAACCGUGAGGGCCUACAUCAAUGAGAGCAGAACACUAUUCCGCAAAUCCGACAACCGAUACUACGGGUAUGACAGUGAACGCGAAGAGGAGGAACAGAGACGCCUCGACCGAUAUGGAGAUUGGUUGGAGCGAAACGAGCCCAAGGCGAAGAAAGCCAAGACGGAGGAAGCCAAGACGGAGGAAGUCAAGACGGAGGAAGUCAAGACGGAGGAAGUCAAGGCUGAUGAACCCAAGGCUGAUGCGCCCCAGACUCACGAGUGA